AUGGCCCUAGCUAUGCAAUCUACAAUGUCCGCGGCGGCGCAGGACGCCGAUUUGAUGGAUAUCGACAUUGACAUGGACAUGGACGAUCAAGGCCCACCUCUUGAUGAUGAGUUCCAACUUGAAGAAGGUGAAGAACCCUCAUUUGUCCCCUCCAGCGCGCCCGCUGUCACCGACUCCUCCAACCUCAUCCCCGCCAUCUACACGGAAGACCCGGCUCUCGAACCGCAAUGGAACAAAGUUCACAUCCGCGGCGUUGACGACAUGCAUACAAACGACAUCCUUGCCUUUGUACACGACCACUUUAGUGAAGUGGGUGACAAUGUACACGUCCAAUGGAUCGAUGAUACCUCUGCCAAUAUUUGCUUCAAUGACAGUGACACGGCGAAACGAGCGCACCUGGCCUUCCUCGCAACUCCUAUCACGAUCGACGAACUGGCGAACAAUCCGUUCGAUCUGCGCGCGGCGAAACAACUGGCCAGCAGGCCGGGAAGUAUGCUUGUGAUUCGCGUCUCCCAGCAGGGUGACAGGAAGAAGAAAGGUGCGAGAGAUGCAAGCAGAUACUACCUCAUGCACCCGGAUCAAGACCCCACGGAACGAAUGCGAAAAGAGUUCGAAAGUAGUCGUGGUGACUACCGGCGAAGAAGAUUUGACGACCGCGAACUCCACAGACGAAGGAGAGACAACGACCGUGCGACCGGUGACGAUGCGGGGGGUUUCUCGGCAAACAUGUACGAUGAUGCACCCACGACGGAUACGGAGGUCAACAAGGCAAGAGGUCGGGAUCUGUUUCCACGCGCAACGAAGACGAGACGACGGAGCGCGAGUCCUGGCGUUCGAACACGUAACAGCGACGAAAUCGACAUCUCGGAUGAGGACGAGGACGAACGGGCCCGAAGGAGAAACUAUCGCGAUCGUGGUGACCGCUUCCGCUCUAAUGCAGGGAAAGAACUGUUUGGACCCUCGACCUCGGACCCCAAAAUCGGCGGCGGUCUACGAUCGGACAGACUAGAGCUCUUUCCUAACAAAGCUUCGGAGGCAGACACAUCGAUGUCGACCGGUCCAGCUCCCGCAGCACCUAGAGCGGCUAUCGACUCCACGCAGAGCCGUGCCAAUGUCGCCGCAGCGAAGCGCCUGAAAGCCGAUCUUCUGUCCGCCGCGCAAACAUCCCCGCGUUCAAAUCACCGCAGAAGCCAUGCCAUGGACGCCAAAAACGACGAGGAUCUCGCCGAGAGGUUUGCGAGAAAGAGCAUCUCGAUUGACAGCACCAAGUCGAUGAGGAAUGGGGCGUCAAACGCGGGAGUUGAAUUGUUCCCGUCGAGUGGCGGCAAUGCCGGCGGUCUAUCUAUCAAGGGAUCAUCCGAGAACGGAGGUUCGAGAGGGUUCAGUAUCAAAGGCUCCGGAGGGCUCAGCAUCAAAGGCCGCGCCCUCGAAGUCAAGGAGCUGUUCCCCAACCAGUACAAUCGGAGUAGUGCGAGGAACGAAGGCAAAGAACUCUUCGACGAACCGGUCAGGGAGAAGCGGGUGAGGAGAAGGGCAGGAGACUUGUUCGACUGA